UUUCCAUCGCGGAAUGACGUCUGGCGUAUCGAGACCUUGCGAAUUGCUAAUUAAUUCCUCCCAUCAUGCCCUGCGCCUCAACAUCUCGAAUACCAAUGCAAAACACCUUUGACAACAGCAGCGACUACGGAUCUGACUUUACUCCAGAUGAAGAGGAACUGCUGAACGAACUGCUCGCCAAGGUCGCCACGCAGUACACGACCACCCACAUAGGCACGAGUCCCACCGCGACGACGAAGCCGCAGCAGUCGCAGGCUACCGUCCCUGCCUCGGUUUCUGUUCCUGUUCCUGUCGGGGAUAUCGAGGAUUUCUGUUGCAAUGAGAGCUACAACAAUAGCGAUGAUAGUUUAUUCUCGCCUGUUCGGGCACCCAAGGUUUUGGGGAGGGAGAAGAACCCUGUCUUCUCUUGGGUGCGCCAAAUACAACAGACCCAGCGGAUUGAAGGGAACAAAACGUCUGGGAGUAUUGUAUCAAGUCAGAUCUCGCGUAGCGGUGACGCGUUUGCGUUUAGUGGAGCAUCCCGAUUCUACCGAAGGACGAGAAAGAGAGCGAGAAAGGGAUCGUGCACGCGAAUUGGAAUGGACUAGGUCCAUAUCUCAAGCCCAAGAGGCUGCCUCGACCGAUACAACAGUCCAGGAUAUACGGUCGCCGCUGGAACGUUUCAGGAGACCCCCAAACAAGGCAUUCUCAGUUUCGGACCUGAUCUCCC